CAAGGACGAGGUCCGCAGGCAUAUACUACGGAGGAAGAGCAAGCAGCAGCUUUUGGCCCUCCUCACUCUCUUAUCCACCUCGUCUCAAAACUCAGUCCUCAACAGCCUUGUCUGUAGGCAUACUUUGCCCGUUCAAGGUACCCUCGCCUCGCUCGACGUGUCAUCUUCGUCGCUCGCUUGCUCACUUGCUCGCUCGCUCGCUUGCGCACUUGCCGCACUUGCUCGCUCGCCCGCUCGCUCUCUGUCACACCACAGUCACAUACAUCGAAUCAUGAGUGUAGUGAUUGGUGGCCAUGGCGGUGUAUCGUCGAUGGUUGCAAGGGUUCGGGAUGCAGUGGUGUUUGGUUGGGAGAUGAUGGUCGAUGAGUAUCGAUCACUGGUAGACGCCCUCCCGCCGUCGCUGGCAAGAACGCUGCGGAUUACCAUCAAUGCUGUGCUGGCUGCUACAAAGGUCCGCAUCGGUGAUGCGCUGCUCUCCUCGCUCAUGUUGCUUUUCUCGGGCAAGGCAAGGGCCAAGGGGCUCGUCAAGGGCGUCCUCCUCCCGCCCAUCGCCUCGUACGAGUCGGCCAUGCUCGGCUCGUUUGUCUUCUCGUAUACGCUCGCCUACGAUCUGACGGUGGAAAACCUGUAUCCAGCGUAUGUGGCAUCGCGCGAGGCGACGCCUCAGCCGCGGCGAAUGCUCUCGCCGCGCUGGAUCGGCGGGAUCGGCGCCGCGCUGGCGACGCUGGGCCACGGGUACGCGCUAGCACGGCCGUCGGCAGGCGUCUUCCUCGGCGUCCGCGCCGUGGCGGCGCUGGGCAAGGCCAAGCUCGCGGCAGCUGGUGUGACGCUCGCCCCGUGGGUCUCGUACGCCGCCUUUGCGCUGGUCAACGGGCCGAUCAUGUAUGCCGCCUUUCUCGAGCCGGCGCUGCUAGAGCGGUCAUACUACUCGUGGAUGCUGCGGGUCUCGGCCAUGUCGCACCGCGAGCUGGAGACCGUGGUGCGUGCACGGCGCCGCGCCGUGGCCGAGGGCGCAGAUCCGUCUGCGCUCCCACUUGUCGACUGUGUCAAUGGCUACCACGCCGGGCCGUCGUGUGCAGGUGCGAUCACUGUCGAUUGGGUGGCCGGCAUCGGUCGCGCGCUCUGGGUCUACGUCCCGGUCCACCUCCUCCCGGUCCUGCUGUACAAGCGCCGCGCGCUGACGUCGGGCGACCCGCAGCGGACGAUGCGCACCCUGGUCUCGCUCGGCAAGAACAUUGCCGGCUCGGCAGCCUUUCUCUCGACCUACCAGGCCAUCUUCAAGGCCUGCGUCUGCGCUGGCCGGCGCAUCCUUGGCUACGACUCGGGCCUCGUCUCGCUGUUUGGCGGCAUGGCCACCGCUGUCUCGCUUCUGUGGGAAAAGCCGAAGCGGGUCUCCGAGCUCACCCUCUACUGCGCCUACAAGUCUGUGCUUGUGGUGUGGGCAUGGGCGGUCUCGCGCUCGCUCGCCAUUCCCAUCCCGGGCGCCGAGCGCGCCAUCCUCUCACUCGCCAUCCUCACCCUCGUCACUCGGCCCGACAACGAGCUCCCGCCGUUCCUCACCUCCAUCCGCUCCUCGCUCCUCCUCUCCGAGCGCGAGCUCCCACCGGCGUACGACGAUCCACCGCCGGCCUACCACACCCUCCCGCCGUCACCCGCCGGCCAGUCGGAGGGCGAUCAGCUUUGGUUCGAGCCACAGGCCCUUGGUACUGCAUAG